GGCGCAUCCUGCACCACACCACAGCUUGUGGCAGUCUCGGAAAUUUUACCUGCGGGCAGAAUCAUGUCCUUGAGCCCUAAGCACUCAACUCCUUUCUCAGUGACAGACAUUUUGAGCCCGAUCGAGGAGACAUACAAAAAGUUUGGUGGCAUGGAUGGAACAGGGAACCUUGCGUCUCCGCUUGGCGCGUACCGACAGCCGCAGGUAUCUCAGUCGAGCAUGCAGCAGCACGCCAUGGCGCACAACACCGCGGUUGCGACUACCUACCACAUGCCUCACGGGGUGUCCCAGUUCACCCACACGGCCAUGGGAGGAUACUGUAACGGGAGCAUUGGCAAUAUGGGCGAUCUUCCAUCUUACCAAGACACCAUGAGGAACGGAGCCACGGCAACGGCUUGGUAUGGCGCAAAUACCGAAACCCGCUACCCAACCAUUUCUAGAUUCAUGGGGACCUCGACUGGCAUGAACAUGGCUGGAAUGGGGACGCUGACCGGGAUGGAUGGCACAAAAUCGAUGGUGACUUUACACUCUGCUCCACGACGGAAGCGUCGAGUCUUGUUCUCCCAAGCUCAGGUGUACGAGCUGGAAAGGCGCUUUAAACAGCAGAAGUAUCUCUCGGCUCCCGAGAGAGAGCACCUGGCCAGUAUGAUCCACCUCACACCGACGCAGGUUAAGAUUUGGUUUCAGAACCACAGGUACAAAAUGAAACGCCAAGCCAAGGACAAAGCCACACAACAGCUCCAGCAGGAGGGCAAUUUGUGCCCACAGACGCAGUCGCCGAGACGGGUGGCCGUUCCCGUUCUGGUGAAGGACGGCAAGCCGUGCCAGAACGGCUCCAACACGCCAACAUCAGGGCACCAGCAGGUGCAACAACAAAGCGUUUCUAGUGAUGUGAUUGCGGCAGGCAAUACAAUCCUCCAGCAUCAGAGCCAGGUAGUCAACCCCUUGGGCUCCCCCGAAGACCUGGACGACAUGUCACCGAGCCCUCCGAUUCUACAUGGUCAGAUGGGCAACAUGUCGCAGACAGAUGCUGCUCUGAUCGAAUACACCAGUAACAUGGUCAACUCCAACCUGCUCUAUGGCAGAACUUGGUAGACUGCGUGGGCAACUGCAAUAAUCCUUGUUUUUGUAAUUUCCCCUGCAACAACCGAAAAGGAUGUUUGGGUAUUAACAAGGAACUCUG